GUCAGUUCUUGCAGGCUGUUUAAAAAAGCAGCACAACUUUAAAGGAACUUCACUUCUCUAUACAUCAUCUGCUCGAAAGACUUGAAGAAAAUUUCUCACUCCUACUGACACACAAAGAUGACUGCAGCUCUGACUCUGCUUCUCAUUGGCUGGCCGCUACAACGUGCCUUGUGUGGACAGUUUGAGGUCACUGUGCCGCAGACUAUAGAGGUUCUGAGAGGAUCCUGUGUGACCAUCCCCUGCUCUUUUGAUGUAGAGAACAACUAUGAAUCAAACUUGGAUAACACAUGUAAAGCAUUAUGGAAAAUUACACUAGAAACUGUUGUGUUUGAUAGCAGUACUCCACAACAAAAUAAAAUAAAAGGAGAACUGACAGGAGACUUGACAAAAAAAGACUGCACCACAACUCUGAAUAACAUGCAACCUGAACACAGCAAGAAAUAUUUCUUCAGAGUGCAAUGCAACAACGCCCUGAAACAUAAUUUUCCUGACCAAAAAUUGGAAAUUUCUGUCAAAGAUGGUCCUCCCAGACCGACUCUGACUCCGUCCACACUGAAGGUGAAGGAGGGAACCUCAGUGAAAUUGACGUGUUCUGCUCCAGCUCCCUGUCUGUCUCAUCCUCCAGCUCUGACAUGGACCCCCAGCCUUGGUGACAUUCAUGAGACACUGCAGGAGAAUCAGGACAAAACUAAAUUCAAGACCUCUGUUCUGACCUUCACUGCCUCUCACCUCCAUCACAGACAAGAAAUCUCCUGUACCGCUGUAUACAACAAACAAGAUGGCAGCAUUGAGUCAUCUGUUACCACAAGAUUAACAGCUGAUAUUUUAUGUGAGUUAACGUGUCCUCUACUGAAAUUCAUCUUCCCUAGUUUUCUUGACUUAGUUUGAAUUAUGGCUGAAACCAUUAUUUUACUCAUUC